AUAAUUUGAAGCUAGUUCCACAAAUGUUGCUUUCCCGGACACUAUUUGUUCUCUGUAAGCUAAGUUUACAAAUUCAAUUAUAUUAAUUUGUAAAAUACAAGUAAAAUUUACUAAAAUUUAAAAUAUAAAUUAUAAUACGAACCUAACUGUGUUAGCAACUUACAUUUAAUAAGCUCCAAAGCUUCUUCUUUUGAUCGUGUGAUAUUUUCUUCUCGCCAAGAAGACGGUCUUCGGGAACCUGAAUGUUUUACUAACAAAUGAGAACAUUGAACUUCUUCUGGGCCAUCUCCUUUAUUACUUCCAGAUGGAUCAGCAGGUUUAUCUGGCCUGUCCCACUGACUUUCUUUAGUAUAAAUAUUUAAAUAAUAAUGUUGCCCUGUGAAUGAAAUAUUUUAUGUUAAAGUAGAUAAUGUACAGGGCCAAACCUAUAUGAAAUAUCUAGUAAUAAAACGCUGUAUAAGAAUUUGUGAAACGUUAACGUAGCUCAGAAUACAAUAAUUUUAAAACUGUGAUUUCUUUAGAACUUUAUUCUCAAUUUAACAAAUACACUAUUGUGCAAAAAAAUGCCGGCUGUAUACUUCCCACUACCGUCUUUAAAGUGGAAAGAUAUAACUUAUUGAACAAAUUAAUUACAAAUAAGAUAAAUAUUUUACAGAAAAUACAUUUAUGUAUACUUUAUCGAUUAUUACUAAUAAAUUGACUUACCGGUAGAUCUACUCAAGCGUUUUUCCCAACCCGCUGGUAGUUUCUCGUCCGCCAUUGUUAUCCAAUAUUUUUCUACUCUUGUCUCACGUCAAACAUAACGAACACGUUUUCACUGCAUCUAGUUAUCUACUAACUCAGUGCAUUCAGUUUAAGCAACGUUAUCAAUGUUAAUAAAAUCACUGCUCUGUUUCAACAGAAAAUAUAUAAAACAAUUAAUAUAAAAUAAAUACUAAAUAUCUUAAAAAAUAUUUAAUAUAGAGAAAUAGGAAAAAAAGAAUUUUUGUCAUGUUUAUGAUUCAAAUAAGAUCAAACAAUUCCUUGGACAAAAUUAAGCUUACAAAUAUCUAUUUUGGAGUACACAUUUGAACGAAUAACUUCUUUUACCCUAAAAGUGUUUCCCCUAUAAAAUGCUUCAAAAGAACUUACAAGAACGAGUUUAUUUAUAAAUUUAUUUAUAAUAAUUAAUAUCUUAGUAAUAAAUGUUAUUUCAUGAACUACCCCAUGCAUAAAUCGAAUGAAAAAAAUGGCUCAAAAAGUGAAUAAAAAUAAAAUUAAACGAAAGAAAAAUAAAAUAAAAAAAGGUUGAAGCGUUAUACAUGCUUGAUGUCGAUGCGUAUGGUUGCUAUGACGGCGAAUUACAAACGUUUCCUCUAAAUGUUAAAUCUUUGGCUCUACAUGCCGAUUUUAUCUCUCAAAGUUGUUUAACAGAUAAACAAGAGAUGGAGAUGGCGAUAAAUAAUAAUAUAGAUUCAGUUCUGAGCAUUUUAGGUUGGAAAGAUGGAUUUCGAAUUCCAGUUGCAAACGCGGAGAACAAACAAUUAGAAGAAGAAAUCGAAAAAAAAAUGAAAUUGAAAGAGAAUUUAAAUGUGAAACUUGAAUCUGCUGAGGAAAAACUUAAAAUGAUGAAAAAUCGCCUAAGCAAUUUAAAAGUAGAGCAAGAUAUGAAUCAGAAGCUUUUGAAUACACACUCAGUACAACUUGAAACCGAAAAUCACCAUUACCGAUUGAGCUGUAGCACCGAAUCAAGUUUGCGACAAGAAGCGCGAAAUUUUGAAAAGGAAUGGAACAAAAUAAAUGGAACAGUAGGAAACCUUAAAAGGGAAGUUGAAAAAAUGACGAAGAAAAUUGAAACGUCGAAGAACACGGUAAAAUACGAUGAGGAAAGUCUGAGAGAAUGGGAAGAUGCGUUAAAUCAGAACGAGGAUAAUAAUCAAUUGAUAGAACAAUACCUAAAAGAAGAUUUAAAAGAAUACAAGGAAUUGGAAUUGAAAAGGCAAAAACUGAGUAAAGAUUUGCAAUCGUAUCACGAGGCAAUUAUUAAAAUAACUAAUGAAGAACAAGAGACCGAAAUUGUUCUUGAUCGAACAAGCAAAUUAUACAACCAAGCGUUAACAGACUAUCGACAAAUGUUCAAUCAAUGGAAAGAAAGUGUAAUCAUGUUACAACAACGAAACAACGAUAUUCAACGUGUUCUUAAAGACACUGAAACGUUCCACGAGAUCAUGGAGAAUAAGAGAAAUACACUUAUGGAAUCAGAAAAAUUUUUGAAAGAACAAAGUGAGAAUAAUAGACAGGUUGAAGAGUCAAUUAAAAAACUGGAGAAAAAUCUUUGCAAUAUAAGGGAAGAACAACAAAGAGCAAAGGAAAUGCUCAAUACAUACGACAACCAACUUAUUAUAGAAAAGAAUAUUAUAAAAGAAUGCACCCACCGUGUAGAACAAGUGCAGGCUAAUAUAAAACGCAAAGAAGCAGAGAUUCAAAAUAAAUAUGCCAAAAUAGAGAAAUUAAAUGAACAAGUUGUUGAAUUGUCUACAAAGCUGCAAAAUAUUGACAAUGAACAAUUAAAUAUUAAAGAAAAAGCAAAAGAACUAGAAAAUAUGAUUCAGGAACAAGAAAAAAAGAAAGUUACAAUGAUUAAAGAAGUGAAUCGCCUACAAAACGCCAAUUUGCGUGUUACAAAUCAAAUCAAAAAACUAGAAGAUGAAAAUAAAAUCACUAGUAUGCAAUAUCAGAAUGAAUGUAAGAAGUUUGAAUAUUUGAAUAAAUUAUAUACUAAAGAUGAAAAAAUUUUGGAAGAACAGAAGGAAACAUUAUAUCAAGUAGAAUUUGAAUUGCAAAAGUCUGAAAUGAAGUUAGAUAGACUAAGGGGCCAUGAAUUGGAUAAGUCUGAAGCAGAAAGGAAACAAAAGAAAAUUGAGGAAUUGCAGAGCACAUUAAAUGAAAAGAUAAAAAUAUCAAAACUAUUACAAAGUCAAAUCUCAAGCUUGGAGCAUGAUAUGAGAAAAAUGUCCAAUAGUCUCACAAGUGACAAUAAAGAAUUAGAUUAUUUGCGAAAUAAACGGCAAGAUCUAAUUCUUCUGAUGGAUGCAGGAGAAAAACGAUUGAAAGCUGCUCAAAAUUCUUAUGAAGAGAAACAAGUAGAAGAAAGUGUUUUACAACUUAAAGUAUCACAAGUGGAAAAGAUGAUAUCUACUAUUGGAAAUAAUGUUUAUGACUUGGAAAGAUAUCAGCUAGAAUUAGAAGCAGCAGUAAAAGAACGCAAGGCAGAAAUAGCUGUACAAAAAGAAUCACUUAUUAUUCAAAAGAGGGUUGUUACUGGUGAAUGUUCAGAACUAAGAAAUGCUAUAGCUGAACGAAAAAUACGAAUAAAACAAUUACAAUCAAGGUACGAUAAUGGCAUAGCUAUGUUAGGAACUAAUCCUGAUGGUACUCCAGUAAAUACUACUCAAUUGAAAAUUCAGAAUGCACAAGAAAAAUAUCUUUUACAAGAGCAAGGUGAUCAAUUAGAUGAAACUAUAACAAAAACUGAACUUGAAAUACAGGCCAUGGAAAAUACAUUACGAGUAAUAAAUGUUUGUAAUGAUAAGUAUAAAUUGACAACUUUGACAGAUGAAAGAAAUACACGUGAACUAGAGGAGCAUAGAAAAUUAGAUGCAGAAUUGCAAACUACAGAACAAAACUUAAAGCAAAAAAAAAUGGAACUACAAUGCUUAACUGACAAUUUACAGAAAAUGCAAAAUGAGUAUGUUCAAGACUUAAAACAUAUCGAUGAAAUUCAAGAACAGAAAGAAAAUAAAAAUCAAUAUUUGAUCGAAUUAAGACAACAGAUUCAUGACCAAGAAGAAAAAAUAUUAAGAGCUGACAAAAGUUUAAGGAAUGCACAAAAAGCUAUUCUACAAAAGAGUAUUAUUACUGGGGAUAAAACAGUGCUUAUACAAGAGAAAGAAGUGGAACUACGUGAGCUACAAGAACAAAAUUCUAUUAUUUUGCAAGAUAUUGCAGAAUUUACAAUUCAUCAUGUAGAAGCUGAAGCAUAUAUUAAAAAACUUCUGGCUGCUAAAAAUAUAGAAUUACCAUCUGUUCCAUUAACUAUACAAUCGCCAAUGUCUAGUCACUCACAUAAUUCUACAAAUUCAGUAGAAUAUGUACAGAAGAAUACAAAUCGUGGAAGCAUUAUUUCAUCAUCUAGAGAAAGUAUCGGAACAAUUGUCAAUAUUGUGCCUGAAUUUCAAACAAUUUCAACAAAGACAUCAUCUAAAAGGAAUACAAAGCAUAAGCAACAACCUAUGAAAUCUUCACACAUAGAUUUUACAAAAAAAUCAACAUAAUUUUCAUACCAUUAUGUAUUUAUAUGUUUUUACUGUUAUAUCUUUAUCAAAAAUAUAAAAGAGGACAGAAAACCUGUAUCAAGAAAAUCAUUUAGAAUUUAACAGAAUUACUUUUAUUAUUUAAUCAAUUCAAACAAUACUAAUUCAAUUCUUAUUACAAUUUUUUUUAUUUGUUUUAAGGUUAUGAAUCACUCCUCUGAUCAAAGGUCUCAAUGAGUAAUUUACUAAUACAGAACUUGCAUAAAUAACAAUUUUUUUCUUAUAACUGUUAUCAAUUUAAUUGAUAACACAUAGCAACUAUUUUCAUUUUGUUGUGUAACGCACUAUCAAUCCUUAGUAAUCUGUAUCUACAAUACGUGUUACGAUUCGGAUACAUAAUUCUAUUCGAUACA